GCGACUGAGCAAUCAAGAGCUGAUUUUCCAACAGAGAUGUUUUCGCGGUGUCUGACUCCUCUUUGCAUCCUCACAAUCAUCUGUAUGGUGUCUACAGUCGCCUCCUCCCCUCUUGGCCACAGGGGAGCACUGUCAUUCACCAAUUCACUGCGCCUCACUCGGACUAUUCGCGCACGCGUCCAACAAGUGCUGUCUCGCUACAAACAGCAGCUGUUUGGCGACGAGCUCUUUGAGUACAGAGAGCUGAUGUUGAGCACACUUCCCGCGGUUACUGUGAGCUAUCAGACCUGGCUACACAUGCAGGACAAUGAGCGUUUGCGUUUGGCCUCUCACAACCUCCAAACCUUCUGGACUCACCUGGAAGCUCAACGCCAGCAGCUGGAGAGAGAGAGGGAUGCCACGAAAGACAGGAGAGAGCAGAGAAGAGACAAACGAGGGAAGCCUCAGCUCAAUCUGUGCCAAAGUUUCGUCAGUCUGCAAAUAGAUCUGCGGGACUUGAUGAAACAAGUCAACUCUCAGUUAAACCGUCUGAGUAUCACUGCAUCCACAAAGUCCCCACCUCUCCAUACCCUACACUCAACUUCAUCUUCCAGUCCGAUUCCCAGCAUGCAUCACUCCACAGAGAGCACCACUGUACUCCAGACCCCAUCUCAGAUGAAUAAUCCUCGCAGUUCCACACAAUCCUCUGUCAGCCUGCUACAACCCACCCAGGCAUCAGCAGCCUCUGUUUUCACGGGAGGCAAGCUAUCUGUGGAUACUCAGCGGACAACAACAGCAGAGAAGUCCCGUUGGAUCCAGCAUCUGAGAGGGUAUGUGAUACUGAGAGAUCUGGAACGGUACUUGAGCAGAUUGGCACGAGAUUAUGCUGUGCUCCAAGCUAAACACUGACAAACAUGUAUGAGCAAAUCAACAAAGCUGAGAAAACAAAAGAAAAAAAAGUGUCACACAGGAAGUAUAAAACAAAACCAAGGAAAUACAUAAUUGAAUACACUAACAUUCAUAUCCUUAAACAUUUUCAUGUCACAGUUUCUGUUUACCCUGAUCAGUAAUUAUUUUAUUUAUGAAAAUAAUUACUAGUUUAUUUACUGUUUGUUUACAACUAACUGAACAGAUAUUUUCCCUAAUGUGAGAAGAUUUUUAUUUUUUUUAAACUGCAUUUAUGUAUUUAAUAUUUAAGUAUUUGGAGCAUUUUCCAUGUAUGGAGGACCACUUCAGCAGGCAGCUAUUGUAGGUUAUGAGAUUGCCAAGCAGUGUUAUUUGACCAUUAAGUAUUUUUAGUUGAUAAAAUAAUCACUUGAAUGUAUAUGGCUCUGAUUGAAAGCUAAGCACUUAACAAACAGCAAAUUAUUUUGUUUAUAUUGGACAAUUUAACUGAAACAAAAAAAGGGGUAGUCAGCCAUUCUGGAAGAUCGAAAUUCCCCAAACACCCCACUUCCCUCCUCCACUGCUAAUCAGCGAAUCAGAGGUCAGAAUGAGAUUCAUUUUACAUCCCCUUUUUGUUGUCAUUCCCCUGUACUUUCCACUUUGCCUUAUUUAUUAAAUUAUUUAUUUUAUUUAUGUGAAAUAUGUGCCAAAUUUUUGUAUUACAAUAUUUAUUGUUCAUAAAUAAGUGCAUACUGUAUGUAUUCUGUAUAUGUACUGAAUAA